AAAUUAAUAGGAAGGUGAGCCGUUGCAAAGGUAUAACUCCUCAGCUGCUAAUAUACUUAAAUUUUCAUUCGUUUAUUGUUUUGGUUCAAUCUGUCAACUUUAAGCGAGUGCGUAAACAAAAUGGAGUUUGCUGGCUUAGAUGACGAUCUGUUCAGUGAAGAGCGCCAGCGUCCCAACCCAGAUGAGAAUUAUUCAGCAAGAUACUGUGAGAGUUGCUGGUUCUUAGAAGCUUCAAGUGAACUUUUGGUGUCUGAUGAAGAUGAGCUUAGUGUUCAAAAACAUUCUGCUGAUUAUUUAUUCUUCAAAAAGGAUUUUGGGUCAGCUCUAGCCAGGUACGAAAGUAUUCUCAGUAGUUUACCUGCAAGUAACACUACUGUUCGAAGGGAGUGUUAUGAGGGUAUAGUAAGGAGCUGCAUGAAGCUCAGGAUUUUUGACAAAGCAUUUGAAUAUGCAGAAAAACUUCACUCCACAUCUAAAACUGUUGAACAAACUACUGUGAGCUGCUCUGUCUUAAUUGAUGCAGGUAUUGCAGCAGGAGAAUAUUCAGCAGCGCUAGAGACAGCACGGCUGUUAGUGCUAAUUCAUCCUUUUAACGCUGAUGCCUGGUUGAAACUCGCCCGCUGUUAUGCAAGUUUUUACGACGUUUCAUUACCCAGUAUGAAAGAACAUUUUGCCACUGACAGUGCAAAGACAUCAUUUGGUUUAAAAAGUCAGGAAACUAAAAGAACUGAUGCAGACUCUUCCACAAGUACAAACGAAUCAUCUUGUAGUACUCUCAACUCUAAGUGCAAAGAAAAUGAAGUGUCAGAUACUGAUUGUUCAAAGUGUAAAAAAUAUGAAAUGUUUCUUUUUCUUGAUUCAGAAUCAGAGAUGGCAAAGCCACAAUGCUCAUUAGAUUCUAUAAAAGUGAAAGUUGAAGACAAUACCACUUGUGAUAACGUGACUGAUUUUUGGAAGGAAGUGCUCCAUAACCAAAAGGAAUUUACUGAAAAGGAGAAAGGAGCCCAGUUUGUCUGUGGUUGCCUUUACCGCAGCUUUACAAUGUUGAAACGUACUGAGGGAACCUCAUCUGGUUUUGCUUUAGACUCCAGUUUAGCUUGGCAGAAAAAACUGUGGAGAGACAUGAGAGCUGUUUUAGAUGAACAGUCCCUGAAUUUUGUUGUAUAUGUAGUACAGACGAGUGAUAAUAUAUACUCUAGUCAUUCUCCCCUCAAAGAGUGUUCCUCGGAAUUUGUAGACAGAGGAAGCUCCAAGUUUAAAAGUGAAGAAUCAGAAAUAAAUGUUUUGGAGAGUUCUCUAAAUUCUUUUGAGAAACAGUGGUUUAAGUGGAUAAAAUAAAUCAAAGAAUGAUGUUUUCAGUUAAUGUUAUGAUCCUAGUCAAAAUAAAAUGUUAUACCUUUCAUCAUGUGAACCCACUUCUGUGUAACUGGAUUACUAUUAUUCAGGUUGGGAAAAAAAAAAUAAGUGUAUGAUACAGCAAUAGGAAGGUUAUGCAAUUAGGACUGAAUAUAGUACUUGGCAAAUAA